AUGGAGUCUUCCUGUUUACCAGAACCUCCUGAAACUUCAUGCAAAUUGAAGUGAUUUUUAUUCUUGCGUUUUUUUCAUCACAUGACUUGUUUAGGAAAAAAUGCUCAUCCGUUGGUUGUCAAACAGAUACACGGUCAUCUGAGAACAGCCGAGAGGAUCAAGAGUUGCCCAAAACGUUUUGGUUUAAAUCUCCUCUAGAAAUUCUGGAUAACAAUCAAAGUUUUUUGGAGGCGAUCGAUCCAACUAGUUCAGGCAAGAACAUAAGGAGUUUUUUUGAACAGAAAAAAAAACAAACGGAGUUAAGAUGGGAACUCUGAUGACGGUGAUUUGAACGUAACGGAAGUAAAUCCUGAUCUUGCAUCAGGAGUGAGUUUCAUAGUUGAACGUUUUAAUGCUAAAGCCAAUGGUUUAGGCGAAUCAUUCGAAGAACAGCUCGUGUACGCCUGCAGGAGUGAAACCCAGUGUUGUUGCUGAGUAUUUCUACGAUAAGCAAAACGCAACACAACAGCCACGAGUAAAAACAGCGACCGUCGAAAAGAAAAAAGCGACCCAUUCCAACGGCCAACAAGCUUCAACGAGCCAAACCAAAAACGAUGGACCUUCUUGGAUUGACGAGAAUUGUAUUCUGCGACUCCGGAUUCCUCAUUUUUCGAGCCUCGAAGAAACAACUUGCUCGGACAGCAAGAUCAUAGAGGGCGUUUCAUGGUAUUCAGUACAUUUCUUCAUUAAUGACGUUGAAAUUCUCACAGGCGGAUAAUGGUGAUGCCAAAGCAACACAUGGUACAGAAAAAGUCUCAAAAGUGCAUGGGUUUCUUCCUUCAGUGCACGCCUCAGAAAGCCUAUUCUGAGUAACUAUCUAUUUUGAAGUUUUUCUUAAUUUUCAUUUUUUUUACAGCUUGUGGUCUGUUCACGCAGUAGCAGAUAUGCGGAUGCUAUCUUACAAAUCCAGCGUUCCUCAUUUUGCUCGCCGAACAACACAUACUUACACCGCAAAGGAAAAUGAUUGGGGAUAUUCCUGCUUCAUGACUUGGGCGGUAACAAAAAAUCAACCAAACGAUAUAUCCUGAUUUUUUGCUAUCAGGAUGUAAUUGAUGAAAACCAAGGCUACAUUCGUGACGAUACGGUCAUUCUCGAGAUAGCCGUGAAGGCUGACCCUGCAAAAAACAUGAUGUAAUUUUUCAGUUUUUUUUUUAUCAGGAAAAUUAGUCCUAGAGUUUUUUCAGUGACAUUAGUGAAAGAUACAAUAAGAUAAAAUGGUUCGAUUUUUUCAAGUUCAUUCUUUACAGGACACUGGAACAAUUUGUGCAAAAAAUCGAUCGAUGGAUGGAACUAGCCGACAUGCAGUUAAAAAAGGGGAACAUUGAUCUUGCUAUAGAAGCUAAUUCGAAUGUUUGAAUCGUUUUUCAUCUUCUUAGUUUAAUAUCGGCUUGUUAUAGGCGAUGAAGUUCUGUAAAGAUAAAGACGAGGAGUGUUGCGCGAAGUUGAAAGAUCAGCAACAAAGAUUUGUUCAAGCGAAACUGUUUGAAAGUAUUGAAAGAAUUGAGAAAGGUUAGUUUUCAAAAUUAAUAAUAAAAAUUUUGCUUUAAGAAAAUAUUAACCGAAGAGUACAUAAAGGCGUGAACUAGGCGAAAAAAAAAAGGAAUUUCAGGCAUACUUAUAAAAUUUUUGAAAAAAGCAAGUAUGAAAAGAUAGCUCUAUGAAGCCUAAGCGGUAUAGGAGACAAUAAGUGUAGAGUAGAUUAUCAAUGAUAAGACGGAGUUCAAAGAAUUAAAAAUUGUUGAAAUAAAGAAAGAGCAUGGCAUUUUUUUCGUAGGGUGCGUUAGCAGACUGGAAACGCAUGUAAGUUCUGUCUACCUUUUCAGUCUUAGAAAAUUUUUUACGGCGUGUUUAUGGUGCAAAGCGCAACUUGCUUCAAAACGAAAGAAAAUUGCUCCAAAGCAGAAAUCAGUACCUUUUUGGAGAAACUUGGGGGUGGCGAUGAAAACUCUUGAAACAUGUUCCAGGUCUCCGCUGAACAUGCCACUUGCUUUCUAAGGUUGAAAGAUUGAGUUGCAUCAACAGGCCAAUCGUUGACUCGAUUUCCGUCGUUGCUUAACUGAUAUUAUAGGAAAAGCUCUAUGAAUUCGCAAACUUUUCAGGAAAACUUCCUACUGUCAAUCAGGAAACUCCUGCCAAACCGACUUCACUGCGUCAAGCUCUCACUGGCGCCCAGAAAACGUUGAAUGGCAAGAUGACCGCCAAGGUUUCACUUUAUGUGUGCCCUUUUUAUUUUGAUUUCUCAGGGUGGCAAGAAGACCCGUGCUAUCGUCACAGUUCAGCAGAAGAAGAAAAAACCCUCUGAAUCGUGAGCUCUCGUACAUUUUCUUUACCACUUUCACAUUUUCAGAUCUCUGUCGAAUUCGGCGCUGAAAGAAAGCUUAGCGAACAGAGGUCGGAAAUGUUUCACCUUUUAUGUCUUUAUUUUCAUGGGUCUUUCUUUGUUAAGGGUCAGUGGCUGAGAAAUCUAGUAGAUCGAAGUUUUCCUCGUCUCGCUGAAAUGAAAAAUUAAGUUUAUCGCAUGGUGGUUUUUAUGACUCAUUCAUCUUCGGUAAAAUACACAGAUGAAAAUAUUGACGCUGAUCUUUUUUUUUCAGGAAGUAUAUAUGACGGAGUUAUUUUUCAUUUUAACUUUCUUAUUCCAGAAAUUGCUUUUGUUUUUCGAGAUAUUGAAAUAUGUGAGACAGGGCAAUUUUUUUCAGAGCGAAAAACUAAAGAGAAGUCUCAAAGCAAAGGUGGUGAUGACAAGUGCAAAGAUGCAGAAUCUGGAGAAGCACAUGUAAUUUUUUGUUUCGUCUUUAUUCAUCGAAAUAUUCUAGAAUUGUGAGGAAGUAUUUUCCGCCGAUGAAGAUUACGCUGAUCUGUCAACAACAGUCAAUGCUGACUCCAGUACGAAAACGUUCGUUUCAUUUUUUAUUUUUCCCUUUUGAGAAAGAUAUAACUUGUUUCAUUUCAAGGAGCGAUGCUAACAGUUUGGAGGACGAAGAGUGCGCUGAUACAAAGGUUUCUUUAUCCGGAACACAUUCUGAGGUCGAGGACAAUGAUUACGAUGAAGUGGAUUACGCGGAACAGGCUCUUGACGGUGCCAAUGAGAUUUUUCGACUUCCAUUAUAAAGUUCAUUUUAGCUGAAGCGAAUGGAGCUUCUUAUUCGGAUACGUUUUUGAACGUGAAAAACGAGCAUAUGGAGUAUAUCGAGGAACAACUGGAAGCUCUAGGAACGGUAGUAAAUCUCUUUUAACUAACGUAAUAUUCAUUUUUUCAAGCGUUGUUUCGAUGAUUUUGCGUCUGAGUCGAGUUGCGAAGCCUCCAGAAGAUCUUCUGUGGAUGCCAAGGUGGGAUUUCGAAAAAAAAAAACUAGCCGAACAUUUAUAAUUACAUAAUUCAGCUUCCGACGCAAGCUUACAACGAGGAAGGAGUUUUGGUUCUCGAUCGAUAUGUGCAAACCGACUCGAUUCCUCCUGUUCAAGAUUUAGUAUGUUUUCUUUUUCUUUCCUUUUCUAGCAUGUGUUUUCCUCACCAAUGAUUUCAGGGUGUGGUUAACGAUGCUAGUCUUGCUGCAGUUCUGAAAAACGUAAUUUCUGAGAAACGAGUUCGGGUUGGUCGAUUUCUGUCAAAAAUUAGUAGCUCAUUUUCUUCAAUUGGUUUUACGAAUUUCAGCGCCCCGCGGAAUCGAAUCGCGCCUCAGGAAGCUCAACAAAUACUGCCAAUGAGGACGGAUAUAGGGAAAUGAUUCUCGCCUCUUACAAAUCAGGAAGCUCAAAGCCUAAUAUGUUUUCGCACGUGCAAGAGCCUGAAGAAAUUGAAUAUUUCAAUAAGGUUAAUCUCAUUCCGUACCAAGAUAUCAACCAAAAUAAUGUUAAGGAAAGUGGCGAUUUGACCGCACCUCCUCCUUUCUUUGCACCUCCAACCAAUGAGUUCCCGAAAGCCCCUGUGCCGGAAGUUCCCGUAGUCGUCCCGCCACAGCCACAGCCACAGCUCACAAAGACGAGAAUUUUUGCCAAGCCAAAACUGCGAAUGAUGCGUCCCGAUGACUCGAAAGAGAUUGUCAAGUACGACAAAGGAAAAGUGGUCAUGCGCUUGCCAGACGAUCUACUUUGUGAGAUUUUCUCAGGUCCUUCAGGUCUUCCUCCUCAGGUUUCUUUGGCACGGGUUAAGCGAAAAGUUUAAACGUUUUAGGUACUCGAGGCAACGUUUACCGAUUUCAUCAAACGUUAUUUCGACCACGAAGAGGUAUUUGCCGCAGAAAAAACAGUAAUUCAUAGUUUCCCUUGUUAGAUACUUGAAAAUUGGCCGCGUGAUAAUCCUUUAGUCACAAGGCUUAACGAAGAAGACCGAAUUGCCGUGACCACUGAGUUUGAAGUGCGGCUGGCGCAACGGAUUGGUCUUCUCUAUCAGGUUACAUUUAUUGUUUCUGAUGCAAAGUUUUCAAAGAAAUAAAAAUUAUUUUCCUCUUAAGAUCGUAAAUUUAUGUUAGAAAAAACAAAAUACUUUUCAAAACUAUUUUUAAAUCUGUUUUUAAGUUGUUCAUGUUUUCCAGAUUCAUUAUCGUGAUAUUUUUCUGAGUUACUGAUAGUUCGAAAAUGUUAUAUCCGAGCUUUUUAAAAAGCAGAAACCAUUUGGUGACCUUUUUUUUCAGGAACAUUACCACAUCUGCACGGCCGUCAUGGUUUGUUUCAAACAGGCGCGUUCCAUUACCGACGUGAGUGUCGCCUUCAUGAGCACCGUCGAAGCUUUGGUGAAGAAAGUCGAGGUUUUAUCGUUAUUUUCAGAAAAAAUCUGACUUGAUUAUUAUUAGACUGCUACCCGCUUCAUUGCAAUCACUCCGAGUGCUGAGGCUGAAAAUAAGAAGACACCGGCCAAGAACUGUGAAGCCUCCGUGACAACGUCAAAUCAAGGUUCAAAACUAAUUUUUUCGAAAGUUUUCUGGUUUUCGAAAAGCUCCUAAUCUUUUAGUCAACACGAAGAAUGAAGUGAUCUCUUUUUAUUUAGGAGAGUUUUUAGAUCGUUUUCAUUUAAAUAAAUCCACGAUAAAAUUAGUUUUCAAAAUAUUUCAAUCAUGAUUCUGAAAAGAUGUUUUUUGUUCUACUUGUAGAAAAUAAAGAUUUUUUUCAUUUUACAUUUCCCUCUUUUCAGAUGGGAAAGUAAAAUGAAUUAGAUUUCAACAUCAUUGACAGUAUUUCUAUUUUGAUUUUUUCUGCGUUUUUAAUUGUAAAAUUUCAGUUUCCUCUUCAAAGAAGGAAGCAAGGCCCACAGUGCAAGCGAAACGAACAGUCACAGCCAACCAGUCUUCUCCUACGGCCAACUCUUCAAAAAUGUCUUCUAACGCGCUUGGUCAGAUGAUUAUGAACAAAGAAGAGGUUUUUCUUCCAAAUUUUUUUGACCCGCAUAAGAAAUUUUCAGUACUUGGAAAUGAGCAAGAAGCGAUUCAUGGAGUUCAAAGACACUUCAACGGCCACGUGCCAGUUCCCAAAGGUUUUUUUCCGCUUGUCUAGUGCCAGUGUUCAUUCCCUCUUACAGUUGACUGACGUGAGAUCCGUCGCAGCUCUUGAACUCGUUGACAACCUUUCCAAGACUAGUAGUAAUCUGGAGGUUUUCUUUUUCAUUUCCGGAGGUUUCUGGAAAUUUGAUUUCAGAGUCUUGUUCUUCGCAUUCACCAAGCCACUACACGAGCAAUGAAAGUGAUCUCCGUAUGCUGAUGAUAAAGUUGUUUGAGAUAAAUGAAUGAUGUGAUAGGAGAAGCUGGGACCAACCGGGAUCAUCAAAGUCGUGGCAGAAGUUCAGGCAAAAACGAAGCAGCUCGAUACUCUUAACGACGAAGUCAAGCAAUCUCAGCAACAACUCAUCAGUCUUCGCUCCAAAAACGAAAAGGUUGCUUUUUAUAGAGUUAAAUACGAAAUUUGUUUUCUAGACACAGAAAGAUCUGGCUGAAUAUUCAAAGCAAAUUUCUUCCGAGUGUGAAAAAAAUUCGAAACUCAUCAAAGAACAGAAGGAUCUGCGGACGCAGCUUAAAAAGGCUGAGAAUCGUGCGACAAAAGAAGAGUACAAGAUUUUCAUUGUGUUUGUUAUUAUUCAAAAUUUUUUUCAGAAAUCGUGCGAACAGUCUUCAAAUCCAGUUCAACGAGUUGGACGAUAAAUUCAAAAACUUGCGCAAGGAUCUCGAUCAGUUGAAGAAGAAGUCGGCAGAAGAGCGGGCCAAGGCUAAAAAGGACAAAGUUUGUUAUCUUUUUUUUAAAAAUCAACUUCACCUUUCCUAGGAGCGUGACACCAUGAUGAUGCGCCAACAAACGGUAGAAAUUUCUGAAAAAGAAACGGAAAGAGAUCAGCUGAAAAAGGAGAACGAAGAACAAGUCAGACAGCGAGAUCGCAUUGAGAAGGUCUUGGUUUAUUUCUGCAAUUCUUUAAAAAAAAAACUCUGGAGGAGCUUUCGUGUAACAAUGAACGAAUUCAAGGAACGUCGUCAGCUCGCAACUCAACUGGCUAGCGCCACAGACAGGGCUAAAGCAGCAGAAGUGCUUUUGAUGGAAGUGAAUUGUGAGAAAGCGCUGGCUGUAAUUUCUCUGCGAAAAACCGAGGCGACUACCGCGCUCGCCGAAACUGAAGAAAACGCCAAAAAGUUUAUUCGAAUCCUUUGUUUCUUCAUAUAAUUCGCGUUUAGGGCGCGAUCGCUUGCUGACCAGGAGGCAUUGAACAAAAGUUUGGAGGAAUGGCGCAAGGCUGUGGAAAAAAUUGAUUCGGCGAUCCAAGCCACCAAACAAGACUACGAUGCGGCCAUUGAGGCGAUCAAGACGGGAACCAAGACUUUGGUGCAGAUCGGAGAGAUGAAGGUAGGUUUGAAACUCUCACAAACUUGAUUUGUUUUGAAAGAUUUUCCUAAUUGAUGAGAAGUUAUAGGUUUUUUUAACAUUUGUAUCUUAUAUGUUUCUCAAAUAACAGAAAACUCAACAAAGGAAUAAAUUUUAGCAAAAGGUAUUUUAUACUUGCCAUCAAGAGGAAAAAUCAAAAGAAAUCUUUAUGUCACUUUUCACUUUUUCACAUCGGUUUGACCUUUUUAUUUAUAGUUUUUCAUUAAGAAUUUCGAUAUUGCAUUUUUCUUUGAAAUAAUGGAAGAAAAAAAAAUUCGUAAUGAAAUUCCCUAAACAUUUUGGUUUGAAGUUAUUAGUUUCAAAGGGUUUCCCAUUGCCAACGGAAAACUAUUUUGCAGUCGGCAACUCUUGAGCCUUUGCCGAAGUUGGUGCGCCCUCCACCUGUACAAGUGGUCGCUCCUUCUUCUUCGCUGAUGGCAACCGCAGCCGCUCUUUCUUCGAUCUCAAUUUCUCAGCCGCCGGCUGGAGUCGGAGUUAUUGGUCAACAACGCAACCGCUUCUCCAAUUCUUCCAAUGAUCGUCAGUCUUUAAUGAAUUAUUCUGGCAAUAGAGGAAACAUCAAUACUUUGAAGCACUUAUCAGCCUACUUUUUAUUAGAUGCGAACAUUUAGACUGUUCAGAUAACUUAGAUAUUUUAUAUAUUGACAUAUGAUAGGAGUCGGUUUCAAGUUGUCACUUCACUGAAUCUUCAUUUUCCAGGUCUCGAUAUCAGCUCACCUAAUGUUUCUAAAAACUCGACGCCGACGCGUUCGCGCGUUCCUCGGGUUCCAUCGCCUCAAACUCCCGCCAAGAACAAUUCUCCUCUCAGUCGCGUCAACGAACCUUCUUCGUCGUUGUGGAGUUGGAACCAGUUCGGCGACGUCUUGAGGUUCGCUUCCUGGAUGAACCUCGACCAAAUUUUGACUUUAAGAAACGAGUCUGAAUUCACCACGAACAUGAAUGCUUUUCAAAAAAGCAUUUGGGCUGCCAACAGUUCUGGGGUCAACGGUCUUGGCGUCGGUGGAGACUUUGUCCGAGUAAAUUUUUUUCCAUAUUCUAAAUUAUAUCAGGCAACUUUUUUUUAAUCUCCCAAAAGUCACCGUUCUCUUUUCAAAGUUUUUUUUUUAGAUUUCUUACAAAAAUGGUCUUUAAUUAGGAUUCAGGUGUAUAUAUUUCAGGGACCAUUGAGCGCACCGAGUAACAACCAGUCACACAACCCCCGCAGUUACGGAGAAAUGUGGACUGGUCCUCCGGUGACAGCGAACAGCAACACGCAGUCGCACUCGCAGGCGUCGCAUGUCCAUCAUCACGACAACAUGUCUUAUAAUCCGCGCCCAACGUCUCAAAUGAACGGUGGAAGUGGCGACGGUCCUUCCGAAAUACCACCGCCGAUGGGAAACUUCGGACCGGUCGGCGCCACUUGGAGACCCACUCCACCGAACAUCCACUCGCACUCAAAUGCCCAGCAGAACUACUCUCGCUCUUACUUCGAAUAG